AUGACUGUAGACAAGGGCGUCGAAAGCCCGGUCACGUCCGAAGUGGGUAACGAGGAAGCCGGUGUUCAACAUGUCGUUAUAGAGGAGAUCACAAUCGAUCCUGAGGAGGAGAGGAAACUCCUGUGGAAGAUUGAUCUUCGCGUGAUGCCUCUUCUCUUUUUCAUGUAUUUCUUCAAUUCACUGGAUCGGAACAACUUGGGAGCAGCCAAAACCGACGGCAUUGAUACGGACCUGGGAUUUUCCAAGUAUCAGUACAACAUCUUGGUUUCAGUCUUUUACGUCCCUUAUUGCGCAUUAACAGUUCCAGCCAACAUCCUAACACGUAAGCUCUCUGCGCGAUGGACUCUGCCAUCCUACCUGCUUUUCUGGGGUGCCACAGUCAUCCUGUCCCCCGCAUGCCACAACUUUGGAGGACUUGCUGCCCUUCGAAUUCUCCUAGGAGUGGCCGAAGCCGGAUUUGGUGUUGGCGGAGUUUUCUAUCUCACCCAGUUCUACAAGCGUGAUGAGUUGGCCAAGAGAAUUGCGCUCUUCUACGGCAGCCAAACCGUUUCAGGUGCCUUUUCUGGCCUGAUUGCCUUUGGCGUCUUCCAAAUCAAGGGCCACCUGUACGGCUGGCAGUAUCUCUACCUGGUCGAGGGAGCUCUGACUAUUUUGAUUGGUGCCAUUGCUCUUGUCUUCCUACCACAACCUCCUCACGCCGCAAAGUUCCUUAAUGAGCGCGAGAGGGAAAUUUGCCGCCUGAGAUCACUCAAGGAUGCGUCCCAAGCCGUUGGUUCCAAGUUCGAACUUCGCGACUUCUUCGCGCCACUCAAGGAUUGGAAACUCUGGGUUUGGGCCUUUAUCGCGUUUUGCUUUGGCGUCACCAACUCUUCUGUCGGGAACUUCACCCCACUGAUCGUUGCCAAGCUGGGAUACAAUGCCGUUAAGACCAACCUAUACACUGUUGCCCCCUACUUGGUUUCGGCUGUCAUUCUCUUUGCGACAGCUGUCAGCUCAGAUCAUUUCCGUGAACGUACAUACCAUCUCAUCUCUGCCUUCACAAUGUCUUGUGUUGGUUUUAUCAUCAUCGCAUCUAUUGAUGUGGAGAAGAACAUCGGUGUCGCCUAUUUUGCAGUCUUCCUCAUCGUGGGCGGAUGCUUCACACCAUCUAUCAUCUUCCAUUCCUGGCAUCAAAACAACGUGCUAUCCGAAAACAGACGAGCUUUCAACAUUGCCUUCAUCACCUUCUUUGGUAACGCCGCUGGUCUUGUCUCCAGCAACGUCUUUACUCCUGACAGCGCCCCCAAGUACAUCCCAGCUCUUGUCACCAAUUACACCUUCCUUGCUGCUGCCAUUGUGGCUACCCUUUCCAUGAGACUCUGGAUGCAACGUCAAAACGCUCUGCGAAACAAGGCCCAGGGAGUCAACUGGACGAGUGCAGACGUGCCAACGCAUCUGUUGAUUGCUAGCUCGACUGAGAACCCUCACCAGAACCCAAACUUCCGUUUCGUCAUUUGA